AUGUCCAGUGUACAAUCAAGUAUCCCUACAUUUGCAAAGAAAGAAGAAAAUAGUUUCCACAUGAAAAUAAUUCAGCUGAUAGAAACCGAGGUGGCUCAGUUAUUGGAUUUAAAAUACAAAGACAUGUCAACAAUUAUUAUGAAGAAGUCAAAAGUGUUGAUGGAAAAUAUGACCUUAAUGGUUGAAGAAGUAAGGGAAUCUCUUUAAAACGACCUAAAGGAAAUUUUGGGAGUAAAAAGUACAGUGCCUGAAAUGAUAAAUCCAAACUCCAGUAGCAGAAAUGAGUGGCAGCAAAGAAAAGAUACAGCCUCAAUAAAAACAGGAUUGGUAGAAAAAAUAGGAGAAAACUAUGUUGAGGAUAUGGAAAAUUUGACAUUUUAAAUGAAAGAGAUAAUUCAAUGGAGUAGCAAAUUAGACAAAAAUAAAGAGUAUAAUACUAAUCAAGGUAGUGAAUUGUCCCAGAAUGGGACAAUUUUUGUCACCUUGUGACAAAAUCACAAAGUCAUGAAAAGUAUGGAAGAAGCAAUAGGUAACAGAUGACAUGGUGGACAUUGCAGCAUCCAUAUAGAAGUAACAGGAGAGGGCCACGAGCAUAAACAAGAUGUACUAAUCAAAGAAAUGAAAGAGGAAAACAUCCCUCAGAACUUCAAAAAUAGAGAGGAAAUUCUAAAUGCUUCCAAAGAAGAUGGAGAUACAUUGGCAGCAGACUUUUCAUCAGCAACAUUGGACAUUAGUAAGCAAUGGAGUGAUGUCUUCAAUAUUCUGGGGGAAAAUAAUUUUGAACCUAAACUUUUAUGCCAAGUAAAAUUAGCAUUUAAAUGUGAUGGUAAAAUUAGGAGUUUUUCAAACAUGCAGAGCCUCAACUAGUUUAUCGGCCAAGAAUCUUUUAUGAAAGAAUUACUGAAAGGUGUACUGCCAGAAAAUGAAAAAGUAAAGAAAGGAGAAGGAAGAUGUGGGAUUCAAAACAAAGUGGAUAAAACUCUAAUAGCCUCAAAGCAUGGAGCUGGGGGAACAACCAGUGAUGGCGAUCCAUCAAAGAACCUUUACGUCUUAUUUAUUGAAGAGGUAAAGGUUGCUGAGCCAGAAGAGGUAAAAAGCUCAGAGACUCCCAAGGAAGAAGAUUCAGAGUGGAAGUAAAAAGAAGCCUUCAUGGAGGAAGAGGCCUCAGAGCUGGAGGAGGAAGGAGAAGAGGCUUCAGAGUUGGAGGAGGGAGAAAUGUCCUCAGGCCUGAAGGAAGAGGAAGAGGCCUUGGAGUUGAAGGACAAAGAAGAAGCCACCGUAUUAGGUAAGGAACAGCCUUCAACCUUUCAGUCUUGUGCUAUGGUGGUAAAUACAAAGCAUGGAGCUGAAAUAACCAGUGAUGAGUUGGAGAAUAUUUUAACUGAAGAGGCAGAAGACUCUGAGAAAGAGGAGGAAGAAAGCUCAGAGUGAGAAUUGGUAGUAUUCUUACUGUGGGAGGAAGGAAAGGACUUUGAAGUACAAAAACUAAAGACCACGUCCCAGAUUGAGAAAAAAAGAGACUCACAUACACUUAAAGAAAUUGCCUGUAGUUAUUUGGCUUCAGAUUCUGAAAAGAAAGCAUUGGUGAAACAUGAGCUAACAUCUAAAGAAACAGAUUUAAUACAAGAAACAGAAGAAAACUUUGGAAGAAGUGUAAUUAAUAUCUUCAGAGAGAUACAAGAGAAAAUUGGAAGUAUUAAAAAUGACCAUCCUGGAAAUAAAAAAAUAUCAAUCUCAGAAACAAAAAUUGAAGUAGGUGCUUUGAGGGGCAGACUAGACAUGCUUGAAGAAAAAAUGGACAAUCUAGAAGAUCGUAUUGAUGAAUUCUCUUAGGAUAUAAUGCAAAUUGCCAAACAUAUAAUUAAAGAAAGAGUAAGACACAUAGCAGAUAGAUCCAGAAGCUUAAACAUCUGUUUGAUAGGCAUUCCAGAAAAAGAAAAUAAAGAGAACGAAGCAGAGGAAAUUGUUAAGGAAAUAAUUGAAGAAAACUUUGCAGCACUAAUGAAUUCAAGUCUUAAGAUUAUCAGUGCCUAUCAAAUACCCAGUAAAAGUGAUGAAAAGAAAUUCACCCCUAGACACAUCUUGGUGAAAUUUGGGAAUUGCAGUGAUAAAGAAAAAAUUCUAAAUGCUUCCAGGGAGAAAAAAGAGAUAACUUUAAGAGAAAUAAGAGUCAGAUUGACAGCAGACUUAUCAUUGGAUACACUGGAUGCUAGAAGUCAAAGGGGCAAUAUCAUAAGAGUUCUUCAGGCAAAAGGCUUUAACCCUAGAAUUCUAUAUCCAGCCAAAUUGGCAUUUGCUUUUGAGGAAACAAAGAUAUUUUUUGAUACUGAAAAAUUUAGAAAGUUUAUUUCUCAUAUACCCCCUUUGAAAGAUUUACUGGAGGAUAUAUUUUAG